UGAAUAAUGUAUUCACUUUAAAAACAAUUAUUAGAUAUCAGUAAAAAUAAUAAUAAUAGAUAGAUUCAUUAAUAUAGACUAUAGAGAAUUAAUUUAGGAAAAACGAGGAAAUGCAUUAAACAAUAUCACAAUAGAUUCACUGUGAUAUAGAGAUGAUUGAUGCAGAAUAAUUCAUUUAAGAGAUCAAGAUAUAGUUGAAAUAGCCAAAAUCAAAUUUUGAAAUGUUGUCAAAAAAAUGUUAAUCGAUGAUUGAUAAGUUAUUGGAUGAAGAAUUUAAUUUAGAUAGACUGAUGUCUAAAUUGAGAUCAAAAAAAAGAAGAAAUAAUAAAGCCUCUACAGGAAAUGUGCUAUAAUAAAUUGAUGAAAACGUUUAAAAAGAUAUUAAUAUUUUAACAAAAUGUUAAAGUGCAAUAACAAAUGAUAAAAAACAAUUUAUUGAUAAAUAAGAGAUGUAAAAAUCAAAAUUCCAAGUAGAAACAGAUCCUUUUGAGAAAUUAGUUAAUAUCAAUAUGCAAAUUGAACAAUGUUUAGGUAUUAAGUAAUGCUUAAUGUAGAAUUGUUAUCAAAUUAAAAUAAAAUAGAAAAUUAGGAAGAUAUGGAAGUGAAAAUAGGUAAUUUAGAGGAUUAGAUUUAUAAAUUAACCGAGAAUAGAGUUUAUAAUGAUGAAAAUGUGGAAGUGUAUAUAGUGUAGAAAAACAAUAAGAAAAGAAUGCCUAAUUUACAAAUUAAUUAUUGA